CACACUCCCAAUACCAAUAUACCAAUAGCAAUACCAUGGGUAUUCAUACACAAGCCCAAUCCGGCUUCAACCUCGUUGGGUUCAACAACUUCGUCCGAACCAACCCUAAAUCGGACCGUUUUCAGGUGAACCGUUUCCACCACAUCGAGUUCUGGUGCACCGACGCCACCAACGCCGCCUCCCGCUUCUCCUGGGGCCUCGGAAUGCCCAUUAUAGCUAAAUCCGAUCUCUCCACCGGAAACCAAGUCCACGCCUCUUACCUCCUCCGCUCCGGCGACCUCUCCUUCCUCUUCUCCGCUCCUUACUCUCCCUCUCUCUAUGCCCACGCCUCCACCGCCGCCAUUCCCACCUUCGACGCCGCCGCCUGCCUCGCCUUCGCCGCCAACCACGGCCUCGGGGUCCGCGCCAUCGCUCUCGAGGUCGCCGACGCGGAAGCCGCCUUCAGCGCCAGCGUCGAGCACGGCGCCGAGCCGGCGUCUCCGCCGGUUCUCCUCGACGGCCGCACCGGCUUCGCGGAGGUCCGCCUCUACGGCGACGUGGGCCUGCGC